GUUGACGUUCCUAGCGCCAGCUGUCAGAAGCUAGCAGGUCGAAUCGCGCUAUUUUCAUAUUUUCUAUUAAUUUUUACACGCACUGAUCUCUUUUGUUUUAUAACCAGUUACAUUUUGACCUACUGUUGGACAGACACGUGUAAAAAAUUAUUUUGCGUGUUCCGGAGUUAUUUUAUUUUCGUUACGCUAGGAAUUGAAGUAGCUAAAAGUUGCUAGCUUGUUGUUAGCCACGGACAGAUCUGGUGCAGACAGGUUUUUCCUCUGCAGACUGAUCCUGUUGUUUGGAAGUCAUUGUUCACUGGAGGAGUAGUCUAACGACCAUGCGGGCUUCAAAUUAUUUAUUAGCAUUAAAUAAUGCUCUUCCUCUUGCAUGAUUUAAAUAGUCUAACUUAGGGUCGUUCAGUCAUUGGGACUUGCAUUGCAUCUUGUAUGAUCGCAUCUGAUGUUGUAUGAACGGUGUAAUUAGCAGCUGUCGACUCUAGUAACUGUUCAUUGUCAACAAGGUUCAUAAUUUAAGGAAAGAUGGAUAAAAAAUCGUUUGACAUAGUUUUGGAUGAGAUAAAGAAGUGUGUCCUGACUGAUCAACGCAUCAGAGCCAUCGAGCAAGUGCAUGGAUACUUCUCCAGUGAGCAGGUGAUGGAAAUACUGAAGUACUUCUCAUGGGCAGAACCUCAGAUAAAAGCUGUUAAAGCUCUCCAGCAUAAAAUGGUUGCGAUCCCAACCACCAAAGUUGCAAAUAUCCUGAACUGCUUCACGUUUUCAAAGGACAGACUGAUUGUCCUGGAACUGAUAGCCCUUAACAUUUCAGAUGCACAGAAUUACCGCCCUGUGGAGGAUCUGUUUCGCAUUCACCUUUCUGAGAAGAAGCGAGCUCGUAGGAUACUGGAGCAAGUGUGCAAAGUUGGCUGCAAGGCUCCUAUAGCCAUGAUCUCCUCCUGCGGGAUGAUACCAGGAAAUCCGUAUCCUAAAGGCAGACCCAGCCUGGUCACUGGCACCUUUCCUGGAAUCCCACCAGUUAAAAAAGAAGCUGAGAAGAAAGACGACUCGAACAGUAUGGAGGGAAAAGGAAUUGCCUCCCGGAUAUUAGGUCCAUUCAAACCUUUUCCCUCUACCUACAACCCUCAUCGGCCGGUUCCUUACCCGAUCCCGCCGUGCCGCCCCCAUGCCACCAUCGCACCAAGUGCGUACAACAACGCAGGCCUUGUGUCUGUGGGAGGGGUCAUAACAGCCAACGUGCCCCCUCCCCCCUACAACUCCAACCACAAAGUAGCAGGUUAUGCAAAGCCAGGCAAUCAUCAGCAUACCACACCGGGAGUCAACAGCGGGCCCCUCCUCAUCCCACAUGGGUCCACUCCUUCUACCCCCGUCCCGCCCCAGGCUUCUCCUGCUCCGCCUCCCACAACCCCCAUCACUCCAGUGUUCCCCGGCAUGGUGCCCGCUCACAACCCCAGCGUCCACUCGCCCUCCCCGGCUCCGUCCCCCUCCGUGAUCAAAGCGGGACCGCAGACGCCGGGCGGCCACGCCACGCCCACGCCGUCGUCUGUCAUUAAAGCCCACACCCCCUCGGGAACUCCCUGCGGAACUCCUGCACCCGGCGGUGGGGGCUUCUCCUCUUCCCCUUUCAGCACGCUCUCCCGGCCGGGUACUCCUGCCACCUCCCGCAGUGGCCCCGAGUCCAGUCCUAUGGGCUCGGCUCAGCAGAAGGUAUAUCCCCAGUCUGCAGACCACCAGUCUGGACCUGCAUUUCCAGGCAUCCAUCCACAAGCAGGUAACCCCCCCGGGUCAGUGAUCCGGAGUUACACCCCCUCCGGACCGUCGUCACUCAAUCCCGGAUCUGUCACGCCAGUGAUUCCAAGUUGUUCCACCCCGGGCCCCAGUCCCAAACCCUCCCCUCUGCACUGCGCGCAGGCUCAGGCCAUGGUGGCGGGGGCCCUGAACAGACACCCGGGCGGCGGCAGCGGCAGCAACAGCCCCGUGCCGUCUGCUUUCAAGGGCACGUCUCGCUCCAGCACUCCAUCUGUCAGCUCGCUCGUCGCGCCCGGCGCCGCUCAAGCGGCCCUGGCGCGUUCUCUGGGACUGUCCCACCCUGCAGGCUCUCCGCAAGUCUCCCUCUCGAGUCCGGUCGCCCUCGCCGGCCUUCAGGGACUGCCCUCCAGCCCAGCAGCCUCUCACUACCCGGGCCUUUCCCCUUUUUCCUCCCUCUCCUCGUCCCUUACUCACUCUACCAUUACUUCAACCAUGUCUGCAAUGCCUCCCACCACCAACAUGUCGAACCACCCGCCGACCUCCAUUUACCCCGGUUUGACUCCAAACGCGGCCCCCGGUGGAGCCUCCCCCUUCGGUUUGGGCCUCACCUCUGCCCCCUCUAUAUUCCCAGGCCUCCCGCCUGGGGCUAGCCCCACUGCCUUCCCCGCGCUCGCCGUGUCGGGGGGACACGGCGCCGGGAGCCCCGUCCUGUCUUCAUUCAUGGGGCUGCCGGGGGCCGCCCCGGCCUCAGUGGCGUCGGUGGCGCCGCUGCAGGCGGCGGCGGUGGCUGCAGCGGCGGCCGCCGGGGUCCCGUCGUCGUCACCGGUUCUACCAGGCUUCGCAUCUGCAUUCAGCUCCAAUUUUCAGCCCGGGUUGAGCGGCGGACUGCAGCCUCCAGGAAGCAGCGGUUUCCCUGGUUUGCUGUCAUUCCCGGGAGUCCCGGGCUUCUCUGCCUCAGCCUCCCCUGCCGCGCUGGGCGGCCUCCACAACCCAACCAUGCAGUCCGCCCUUCUGCAGGCACAUCCCACUUCUGGUUUGGAGAGCUUCCCUCCUCAGCCCAACAGCUUCACCAACUACGCCCCGGGCCCCGGAAACCCCUUCCCCCUCCAGCCGGGCCUGCACCCACAGCUGGGUUGGCAGUGAAGCCUCCUGCACACUUUAACACACUGAGGAAACCUUUACUUUGCCCCCUCUGGCUCGUCUUGGCCCUCGGCCGGUGCGUCAGGUGACCUUGAGGAGCGCAGGACGACAGUGUUUGGACAUUGUGACUGAGCUACUUCACAUUUUACUACAGGAGUAACUCACUUAUAUAAGGAAGUAGCUCAUGGGGAAGAAGAGACAUUUAAAAAUUGUAAAUAUCAGUUGUUAGAUUGUGUGAGUAGACUGUGACUGGUUUUAAUGUUAGCCUGACUUGCCCAGUUUAAAUCAAACCUGAAUUAUGAACUAUAGACAAACGAAAACAUGAAUUCAUGUUAUGAAUUGACUGUAACCUGAUGUAUUUUGUGCCCCGUCUCAGAUGAAACCACAUCUCGAGUGAAUUUAUGCCCCUAAUUGUGCUAUAAUAUAGUCUUAUGAACUCUUUUCUCAAUCCAAUCCAUUUUAAAGUGAACAAAUCUUGAAUACUUUUUAUUCCGCUUGCUGUGUCAGGGAUUGUGCGUCGUACACAAGAUCACAUGUUUGGCAGCUCUACACACGGUUGAUUUGAUGGCGUUUUCAGCGGCCGUCUGCAGUUUCCUCUCACUCACAUCCUGUAUGUUUACAAAGUCCUCUCUGCGGAUGUGACCCUACAGUGUUCUACCAGAAAUAUGUGCAGAUGUUUUCUAAAUGCGUUAACAGUUUCUCGGUGAAGUGGAGAAAUGCACGAUAUCACAAUUUCACUUUUAUUACUUUCAUGCAAGUGAGACUUGUUCAUUUGCACCUCAGUAGUUCUGUUCUGCACAGAGAUGGUGAGGUUUUUUUUUUUUUUUUUUGACUAUUAGAUUAUGUUUUUGUGCUUUUGCCUUUUUUUUGUGUUUAUUUUUGCACCUGCUUUGUUUUUUGUUUUUUUUUUACCAGUUUUUUUGCCAGUGAACUGCUGUAGCUGUUACCGUUUCUGUAGUGUAAAUGAGAUGAUGUCUGCCAGGCACCUCUUGAAUAAAAUUGCUGGAGCUGGACAGA